GAAAAGGAAGAGCACAAGAAUUCACCUCACUCCCCCGACCGCUAUCAGACACAUAUUCCCCUCAUUCUUCCUCAUAAGCGUCAUCACCCUCUCUCACAUUCUUCAAUCGUUACUCUGUGCCUCCCUUUCAUCCCAGCAGGGCUCCGACGCUUUCUGUACACUGGUCACCUCCACUAAACGAAUUCAACAUCUUGUGUUUCGAACCAUCUGCGAAGCACGCUAUUUAAUGGCCGAACUCUCGAGCUCUCCCGAUCGAGCGUCGAAUCUCUUCCGCAUCCCCUCUUACAAAGGCUUUCUCCCGCUUUCCGACGCUAGCGCAAUAUCUACUCGAGGCCAGAAUCUCCCAAGCCUCAUCCGUGAACAGUCCGUCCAACCCCACUACCGCCGUCGAGCCCGUUCUCCAUUACCCAAUGAUGGACGUCGCAAUAGCUCCUCCUCUUCCGAGGAUGAUUUGGAGACAGGUCAUACCAUGCCCUGGGGCUCCGAGCAUGAGCGGCGGUUCAGCCAUGCGGCAUCAGUUUUGAAUACGCCGCAGGUGAGGAGCCAGCGCCUGAUUGGAAAUUCGAAUCCAAGAUACAGAUGGGAGAGAUAUUACAAAACCGAGGACGAGCUCAAGAAAAUGAAGAAGCCUAUCCGGAAGUACUAUGAGCGCAACAAUUACCUUAUACAGAACUACAUGUACAUCGACCGUUUGCUAGAUUCGUCGCUGCCGCACGAUUUGAUUCAGGAAUACAGCCGCAUGCAGUCGGGCGGGGUCAAUAUUCCUACCACCAUCUCCGAAGAGCCCACACCUAUGAUGUCUCCGGGAAGUUAUCGCCCGCAUGGAGUUGUUCUGAGCGAAAAUGGCUCCGCACCCAGCAGCGCCACCACGCAACCCAGCAGCAAUGGCACGGGCCAGGGGAAAAUCAAAAGAACACCUAAGAAUCUGUACAAGGUCCCGAAAGCGACCGAGCAGACGCCUCUACUCGAUGAUGAGGAUGCAGAAUCGGCCCCCAUCGUCCUCCCAGACUGGGUACCAGAGGAAGACCAAGAUGUCCAGAGUCCGAUUGUCAAGCUUGCCAUUUUGGUCAAUCUGGCUGCAAAUACUACUCUCCUGGUUCUCAAAAUCAUUGUUACUAUCAUGACCUCUUCACUCUCAGUCAUUGCCAGUUUGGUCGAUGCCGCGCUUGAUUUCCUGAGCACCGCCAUCGUGUGGGUUACCUCCUGGAUGAUAGCAAGACAGAAUCGAUACGAGUAUCCCGUAGGCAGGCGCAGGCUGGAACCAAUCGGUGUCUUGGUCUUCUCCGUCAUCAUGGUCACCUCAUUCUGCCAAGUAGCAAUCGAAGGCUUCUCCCGCCUUACAGGAUCAGACCAUCGCGUCGUCCAACUUACAGGCCCCGCCAUAGGCAUCAUGUCCUCCACCGUCGUCAUCAAAUUCCUCUGCUGGCUCUGGUGUCGUGUCAUCCGGAACUCGAGCGUCCAGGCUCUCGCUCAAGACGCCAUGACAGAUGUCGUAUUCAAUACCUUCAGUAUCAUAUUCCCUCUAAUCGGCUACUAUUGCCACAUCUGGUGGCUCGACCCCCUCGGCGGUCUCCUCCUCUCGCUCUACGUCAUCAUCAACUGGUCCCGCACCUCGGCCACGCACAUCCGCAACCUUACCGGGGCCGCUGCCUCUGCAGACGAACGCAACAUCCUGCUAUACACCACGAUGCGGUUUGCCAAGACGAUCAAGCAGAUUCAGGGCAUUGAGGCGUAUCACGCGGGCGAUAAGUUGAAUGUAGAGGUCGAUAUCGUCGUGGACGAGACGAUGAACCUGAGGGAUAGUCAUGAUCUUGGGGAGAGUUUACAGUAUGUGCUUGAGAGUAUACCGUAUGUGGAUCGCGCGUUUGUGCAUAUCGAUUAUACGGGGUAUAAUCUUCCUUCGCAUAUGUCGCAGCAGGAAGAGUAGAUGUUCUUCUAUCAUUGUUUAUCAAGAUAUGUAUAUUAUUUGUCGUGUCGCUAUACUGAAAUUCUGGCGUUCUCUUCGUCCUCUGCGUUCGCAUACUCUGAGGGUAAUAUUCACCAGUAUUCAGUAACUCUGUCGGCGUUCUGUUUUGGAGGCUCUUACAGCCUCACCUUGAUACCCCUCACAGAUACAGCUGUGUUUGUUCGUCUCUGUUGCGCAGCCUAAUGGGUCGAGGAUAUGUUCAAAUAAAUGUAUUGUGUAUUGUAUGUCUUAGACAUAAUUGCAUGGGGUUC